GCGCGAUUCGGCGGGACACACAAAUCAGCAGAGAGAGGAGCGAGAAAGAGGAGGAGGAGGGCGAGCUUCUGGAGACAAGGCGGGCAAAACACACACAGGGGCAGAGAGAUAGCUAGCUAGGUUAUAAUGUUUCUCAGUAGAUACCCGUCCAUUGCCCGUUCACCUCUGUACAGGAUUAUAACUAUAGCCUGAGCGCGGUGAUUAUAACAGCGGGUGUAGGGAGCUGUGUAUUAUUGUGUUGUUCUGUUUUGCGCGGUUUUUCUGAAACAGGACUGGAGGACUGAACAUUAUAAUCUGACUAAAGCUGCUACAGCGAGUUUAAUGCAGGAGGACAGAAGAUACACAGUUGUCUGACAAGCGGCGAGCGGCCGGAUAAAUGUCAGUGAGGUCGAUCCUGGUGUGUUUGGAUUUUAGGCGUGACUGCAGCUGUGGAUUAUUCCUGUGACUCGUUUUACUUUCGAUAAGAAGCGACCCUGUCACUUACAGAGAGCACCGGAUCUGACAUGGCCAACAUUAAGUCCCGCAGUGAGGAUGAGGAUGAUGAGCGUCAUUCUACAGACCCUGACAACAGAGACCCUAAGAACUCAAAGAAGAUGCUCUGCAAAGUUAAAUGGUCCAGAGAAGAGGACGAGAGACUCAAGAAGCUUGUUGAGCAACAUGGCACUGAUGCUUGGAAAUUAAUCGCUAAUUGUUUCCCAACAAGGACAGAUGGCCAGUGUCAACACCGCUGGCAGAAGGUUCUCAACCCAGAGCUGGUGAAAGGGCCAUGGACAAAGGAGGAGGAUCAGAGGGUGAUUGAGCUGGUUCACAAAUAUGGCCCCAAGCGAUGGUCAGUCAUUGCUAAGCACCUGCAGGGUCGUAUAGGGAAGCAGUGUCGAGAGCGCUGGCAUAACCACCUCAACCCUGAAGUGAAGAAGUCCUCAUGGACACAGGAAGAGGACCGCGUCAUCUAUGAGGCACACAAACGCCUUGGCAACCGCUGGGCUGAGAUUUCAAAGCUGCUACCUGGAAGGACAGACAACUCUAUUAAGAACCACUGGAACUCUACAAUGCGUAGGAAGGUGGAGCAGGAGGGCUAUCUGCAGGAGGGAAAUAGGAGCUUUAACAGUGAUCAGCCUAUGAAGAGGCGCCACAAAGCCUGCCCUGCUAUGGAGCAACAGCAUAGCCAGCUACAUAUUAAUGAACAGUCCCAGUUGAGUGCAUACUCGUAUGGUUCUGUGAGCAGGCAGUGUAUGGACAGCAUCACAGAGGACUCCUGCUUCAUGUCGCCGUGCCAUGACGAUCCUGACAAAGAGCAGCGAAUUAAGGAGCUAGAGCUGCUGCUUAUGUCAGCUGAAAAUGAAGUCAGAAGACAGUCCGGCCCUCGUAACCCAGAGAAUUACUCCAGCUGGUCAGACAGCCUGGCUGAUGACACCAUGGCUACCACAGGGAGUCUGGAGGAAAGAGGUCCGGCUGAGCUUGUCCGUAAAGAAGAGGUCCGUGCUCCGGCCGUUCCGCUGCAAGUCUCUCCAAGCAAGUUCCUGGCGGUGGAAGCCAGUACUGUUCUGUCCACUUUACAGACCAUUCCUGAGUUUGCAGAGACCAUGGAGCUUAUUGAUUCGGUGAGCAGAGCAUACCUGAAGGAUCCUAUAGCCUGGAGUGAAGUGACUGGUUUUGAUUUGUCUGAAGCUGUGAGUCCUCCAAAGCCCCUCAAAGUUGGUGGGGCAUACCCGGCUCCAGAAGGCAGCACAGAGGUCAUUGGGUACCACCUCAACGAACUUGCUGUCCAAGAUCUCAACAGGCCAAGGGGUGGAAUGGGACAAGGAAAAUCAGUUCCUAAUAUCACUCCUUCUGUGAGCAAAUUUAGCUCUCCACCACAGUCCAUGCCAAGGAAGAAACCUGUAGAAAGGGGAGAUCAGUCACCAACCAAUGAUGGAAACUGUGGUUCUUUUAGAGAUAACAGCAGCAAUUCACCCAAAGGCACACCAAUCAAAGGGCUACCGUUCUCUCCUUCUCAGUUCUUCAACAUAUCUGGCACUGAGCAUUUGAACCUCGACAAUCCUGCACUUACGUCCACUCCGGUGUGUGGGCAGAAAUGCUUCCUCAGCACACCAAACCAGAGGGAAACCACACCCAAACAUCAGAAGGAGAAUGCUGGUUUUAGGACACCCAAGAUCCGUAAAUCCAUAAUGGCCCACACGCCAAGGACACCCACACCUUUCAAAAAUGCUCUGGCAGCCCAGGAGAAGAUGCAUGGACCAUUAAAAAUUGUGCCGCAGCCUCUGGCCUUCCUGGAAGAAGACAUUAGAGAAGUGUUGAGGGAGGAGACUGGGACAGAUAUCUUCACUCAAACACAGACUCAGACUGAACCCAGGGCCUAUGAGGUGGAUGCCCCUGCCAGGAAGGUGAGGAAGUCCUUGUUGUUGGACAGCUGGGGGAAGGACUUCUUUGGUGUCCAGCUUUUUCCUCAGCAGCAGAUCAGCAAUAAUGCUCAAUCUCUCAAUGAUGGAUUGCUAAACAGCCCCAUGCUGAUGACCCCUCUAGGAGAGGGAGAGAAACUGUCCUGCUCACCUGUAUCAAUAAAGGAGGAAUCUCAUCCUUCCAUGUAUUCUCUCAGCCCUCCGACAAAGAAAGAGCUUUGCACACAUAGAAACCCUGCCUGCCAAACCUCCACUCAGGUGAGCAGUGAGUGGGAGACCGUGGUGUUUGGAAAGACAGAGGACCAGCUGAUUAUGACUGAGCAAGCCAGGCGUUACCUGACCUCCUCUCAGCUGCCCUGCACUCCGAGAGCACUGGUCCUGUAAGCACUGGCUCUGCCUCGCUCCAAUACAGCAGCCUCCCGGCUCCGUUCCCUUUGCUUCAACUUUAGACAAUCUGCCAUACAAAUUAAACGUCCACCUCUUUGUAUAUAUUCACUAGACUUACUUGUAUGACAAUGUAUCACAGAGUAGACUCCUUUACUACACAAAGAGGCAUGCUUAAAACUUUCCAUAAGUUGACAUAGACAUAGCUGGCUUUUCCUAUUAGGAUUACACUUCUGAUACUGACAAAGUAGUUGUAGUUUGCUGACCUAGGUCAAGUUAUUUGAAUGGACAUAUAUCUUACUUAACAUUUUAACUGUAGACCGUGUAGUAGGAGACAGUUUUGAGAACUGUCUAAAGGGAAUUGUUGAAACGGAAUCUGCUCUUUCUAGGCAUCAGUUGAUCGAUCUGUGUUACACCUGAAAAUGUGUUCUUUCAUAGCAACUGUGGAUAGAUUGGAUAAGUUUUAACAAACGCUUUCAAACAUUAAUUCCAUUAAUCUAAAAGUUAAAUUGUACCUACCUUUUUAAAGUAAUAUUGAGUGUACAGCUCUGUUGCUGUAAUCAAGUACUAAUCAAGACAACCAUUUUACUAUUAUACUAACAUUACAAUAACAUUGGCUUUAUUGCAUGUUUCACAUGCAGACAAAAUUAUUUGUUUUUAAAAUGAAAAGAAUUCAUUGAUAUAGGAAUUUCUGGCCGAUGUUGAUAUCAAUUUUUAAUAUACAUAUGCACAUACAGAUGCCAAUAAAAAUUAUGAUAAAACAUUUUUGCAAAAACAAAUUUGCAUUAUAAAUCUUUGCCAGUAUCAGUAAUCAUCUGCCUCUUGCUUUGUUUUAUUAAUUUUAAAAUAGUUAAAUUAACUAUUUCAUUAGAGUGAUAGAUUGAGAUUUUUACACAAUUAUUUUUCACAAGCUUGUCUAGUUUAGUAACAGUUGCUAUGAAAUAACCUGUAGUUAGGUCAAAAUGGCAUUUCUGAUGUGAUGAGAGAGAACAUUUCAGUCCAGUGUAGAAUACUUUAAUUAAGCCUCUCUUUUUGGCUUAGAUUUGGAAAGUAAGCAUUUCCUGUCUUGGAAAACUUCUGUCAUUUUCAGCUGUCCUGUCAGUGCACUGAGGAGCAGUUCCCCUUUGAAAAACAUUAACAUAUAUCAGUCUGUCUUCCAGAUUGUUUUAAUGUGUUUCUUUUUAGAGGAUGUUACCAUAUUUACCAGUAUGGUGUCUUAAGGAAUGGAGAGCACUGGCACUGUUGCACUACUGAUUGUGGUUGUUUGUAAAGGAGAGGAGCUCAAACCGUGUUUUAGGAGGAACUGGAUAGCACUUGCAAAUGUGACCGUUUCGGCUCAAACCGUAACGGAAAGGCUCUGCUCUGUUUUUUCUGAGUAUGAAACUGAAUGUAUUGUACAGCAUUUAUCUGCAAAGUAGCGUCAAAAGGAAGGGUACCUCUUUCAUGUUGUUCUAUAAUUUAUUUUCUACUGUAAAAUUAGACUUGUUGAGAUGUUUAUUUAACACCUGGACUGUCCAGUUUUUAAAAAAAAAAAUCAAACCUACCGUUUUUUUUUUGUUUGUUUGUUUUU